AUGUCCAGGGAGGGGCCUCAGAGCAGCCUCAGUGACCUGCCCCUGGACACUCAUGAUCAGCCUCUUCCUGGUGGUGCUCUUUAUGAUUCAGGAAGUGAACAUGGAAAACAGAGCCCAGAGGAACUCUUACCAGAAGAGAGCCCAGAGGAACUCUUACCAGAAGAGAGCCCAGAGGAACUCUUACCAGAAGAGAGCCCAGAGGAACUCUUACCAGAAGAGAGCCCAGAGGAACUCAUACCAGAAGAGAGCCCAGAGGAACUCUUACCAGAAGAGAGCCCAGAGGAACUCAUACCAGAAGAGAGCCCAGAGGAACUCUUACCAGAAGAGAGCCCAGAGGAACUCAUACCAGAACAAAGCCCAGAGGAACUCAGGCCAGAAGAGAGCCCAAAGGAACUCAUACCAGAACAAAGCCCAGAGGAACUCAGGCCAGAAGAGAGCCCAAAGGAACUCAUACCAGAACAAAGCCCAGAGGAACUCAGGCCAGAAGAGAGCCCAAAGGAACUCAUACCAGAACAAAGCCCAGAGGAACUUACUUUGGGUAUUCAUAAUGUUUAA